AUGGUGGUCACCCGGAACCUCAACAUGAACCACCUCAGACCAGCAGCACUCUCACUGCUCUCAGCAUCAACUAGAACAACAGCAGCAGGCAGGGGCCUUCGACUACCAGCACGCCUGCCGAUCAGCAGAGAGCCCGCCAGUCGAACACUGUUCACGUCAGCCGGAACCGUAACAAGAACCACACUACCCACACGGCUCAUCAACUUCUCCAAGGUCCUCGUCCUCAUCGGUUCCGUGAUCGGCUCGUAUGCAUAUCUGACAGAUACCAGGGCCACCAUCCAUUCCUGGCUCACCGUUCCGAUCAUCAAGCUCAUCACCAACGAUGACCCCGAAGAGGCCCAUCAUCUGGCAAUCAGGAUCCUCAAACUGCUCUCCAAAAUUCAUCUGAUCAGGGACGUUCCUCAACCGAACGACGAGCUCUUAUCAUUCGAGUUAUGGGGUAAAAAGUUUAACAAUCCGAUCGGAAUGGCUGCUGGAUUCGACAAAGAUGGCGACGCAGUGGAUGGACUAUUCGAUAUCGGAUUUGGAUAUGUUGAGAUUGGAUCGAUCACUCCAGAAGCACAACCAGGGAAUCCGAGGCCGAGGAUGUUCCGGAUCCCCUCGACGGAGUCGAUCGUCAACCGGUACGGGUUCAACUCGCAAGGCCACUUGGCCGUGCUCGCGAAGCUGCGACAUCGGCUGCUGAGUUAUCUAGACCAGCAUCGACACCUGGGCUACUCCACGCUUUUGUCACGGUACGACAACAUGAAUCCGGUCCAAACGGCCUACGCAGACAGUGGCUUUACCCAUCUGGUCGUGCCCACAUCGUCUUCAUCGGCGGAGACGCAGACGGGCUCGUUGGAUCAGGCGUUGGGCGAGAUCGCGGACGAGAUCGAGCUCCCACGAUCGUUGAGAGUCGGCCAGGUCCUCGGGAUCAACCUGGGUAAAAACAAGCAUUCGCCGGCGGAGUCAGCCAAAGUUGACGGAAUCAUCAUCAGCAAUACGACGACCAGUCGCCCGGCGGGCUCAGGCAGCGAGCCUGAGAUCAAAGAGACUGGCGGGUUGUCGGGACCACCCUUGAAGCCAUUGGCGCUGAAAGCGCUAUCGAUUGUGUACGCGGCCACGGAGGGAACGAUACCCUUAGUCGGAUGUGGGGGGAUCAGGGCGGCGGAGGAUGUGCUAGAGUACGGGCGGGCGGGGGCGAGCUUUGUGCAGCUGUACAGCGCCCUGACGUUCCAAGGCAUCGGCCUGCCGCGGAAACUCAAGGACGGACUGGGCGAGCUUCUGCGGACCCAGGAAGACGGCAAACAGUGGAGCCAGAUCGUCGGCUCCCACGCCCGCAAUCUCGACCUCCAGAAACUGAUCGCCGAGGAGCUCAAGCAGGUCAAGACGGCGUCCUAUGACGACCAGAUUAACGAGAUCAAACAGACUAUCCAGUUUGUCGACCAGAGCAUCGCUGCCAUCGAGGCCCAACACUCUCCCCCUACCCUCAACCCCCCUCAAAAGGCGCAGAAGGAACAGCCGCUUCUUGCCGCCGCUGCGAUCUCAAACUCGUCUCCCCCUCCUCCGAAAUCGGCCCCUAGUCCUCCUCAUCAAGUCGGACCAGAAAGAGGCAUCUUGGCUCAUUGGAAACGCACCCGCCAAGCCCAGAUCGACAACAACGACUUCAAACGAGUCGUCUAA